UGCCGGACUGGAAGAAAGUAACAAUUUCUUCUCGACGGGGAAAUAAGUGACCAGAUAUUUCGGUUCCGCUCGAUAUAAAUAGCAGUUUGUAGCCGGUUCCGCAUUCAGUUUCGAACGUCAGAGCGCGCGCGUCAUCAUGAACAUUUUUGUGGCGGGUAUAGCAAUUUGCUCCCUACUGGGACCAAAGGCAUCGGCUAGUCACUACGGUUCGGGUCAGCAACAACAGCAACUCGAAGGAAUACCCGACUUGUCGUCGUUCGGCAAGAUUUCUUACCCCAAGUACGAUAUCCUCGACCUGGGGGAGUAUUCUCAUGAUCACGUACCCGGCCCGGAGAUCAAAAUCACCAAGGAGAGUAAAAUUACCAUCCCUCAACCUUAUCCUGUCAAAAUUCCAGUGCCGCAGCCUUACCCGGUUCACGUACCCAAACCGUACCCCGUGGAGCACACCAAGCUCGUAAAGGUUCCGGUACCGGUACCGCAGGUGAUCGAGAAAAAAGUUCCCUACCCCGUCGAGGUACCCAAACCGUAUCCGGUACCAGUGCACCAAGAAAACCACGGAGGGUAUGACAACAACGCCCAACAGAUUGGAGGAUACGGUGGGGGAGUCGAACACCAACAGGCUUUGGAAGGGGGCGGUUACGGGGUGCAAGAAGAUCACGGGGCGGCCUUAGGAGAGGCCGAUUACGGGGGCGGUUCUCUAAGUUCCUACGACGCCAAAGCCUUAGAAGACGACGUCCAGGUGGGCGGAGUGGAUAAUAAAGGGUGGACGCCACUGGACGGUGGCGAGGGAGGGGACGGGCAGUACCAUUAGGUGGGGGAUUGCUCUAAAUAGCUUAGCGUUAAAAAAAAAAGACGUUUCUGCGUGUCGAUCGGGUCGUCCGGAAUAAGACUGUUUUUUUGUCUGUCUCGUUGUUAUCGUUCUGUAAAUAUUGUUGAUUCUUUUGUAACUUUUUUGAUAUAAAAUUU